CAUUUUCUCCUGCGUCGAUAAACAGGGUUUGUAAUCGAGUACAAACAUCAUUCAUUCCUUCAAGAUGGCUGACCCAAAUGCAAAGCAAACGAACCCAAAAAGUGUCAAAAUAGCGGCCGGUGCUGUGGUAUGUGUGGAGAGCGAAAUAAGAGGGGAUGUCACUAUCGGGCCAAGAACGGUGAUACACCCUAAAGCCCGCAUUAUCGCAGAGGCUGGUCCAAUCGUGAUAGGUGAGGGAAACUUAAUUGAAGAGCAAGCGCUCCUCAUUAACAGUUAUCCAGAAAACAUCAUGCCUGACACAGAUGGAGUUGAAACCAAAACAAUGAUGAUAGGCACCAACAACGUUUUUGAAGUUGGCUGUGUUUCCCAAGCACUGAAAAUUGGGGACAACAAUGUGAUUGAAUCGAAAGCCGAUGUAGGGAGGAAUGUGAUUUUGACGAGUGGAUGCAUCAUCGGGGCAUGCUGCCAGGUGAACACCUGUGAGAUGAUUCCGGAGAACACGGUUAUCUACGGUUCCAGCUGCAUGCGCAGGGUGCAGACAGAGAGGCCGCAGCCCCAGACUCUGCAGCUGGAUUUUCUGAUGAAGAUUCUACCCAACUACCACCAUCUAAAGAAAACGGUGAAAGGGAACUCCACACCUGCCAGGAGCUGAAAUCGGUCUCAUUGCAACAUUGCACACAACAGUCUGUGUAACACAAAUAGCUCAAGCUUGAGUCAAAUGUAUUUUAUUUCAUUGGCUAAUGGUCACUACAGUCUAGUAAUUAUUAUCCAUGUGCUACAUUGUCUUUAACAUUUGUAUUUAUUAUUGCUUGUUAUUAAAUGCAUUCCCACCCAGCUACUUUGAUCCUA